AUUAUAUGACACAUACAUUUAAUAUAAUAAUGCUUGUAUGAACAAAGGAAUAUAAUCACUGAUCACUAAUGAGUUUAUAGAAAAUGAUAUUUUUUUGUUAGCUUUUUAAAUUGGUCAUCUAGUGGAAAUAUACCGAAUCGUUAUUAUCCUAAUAUAUUUAAUAUUAAUUCUGAGUAGUUCUUUUAUGAGGCACUAUUAAUUUUAAUAACAAAAUAAAUGAUGCAAGUAAAUAAAAAAAAAUGUAUUUUGAUUUUUUUAUUGCAACUAUUUAUAGCAAGUGAUGCUAUGUCCAUUAGUGAAUACAACCAGCAACGAUGGGGUAAACUCAUUGAAAGUUAUUUCGGUAUCGAUAAAAACGAAGUCCAAGAAUGUAAUUAUGUCGACAUAGAAAUCACUUACUUCCAUAAUUAUUACAAUUUGAGAAUUGAGGGUAUCUACAGAUAUAAUGACACUUUGGAUGCGAACCGGUCGCCGUCAAUUAUUGGCGAGCAGUUCACUGUUCGAAGAACUGACUAUGACGGAAGAUCGUUCUACCGUAAAAAUGAUGACCAUGUGACAGAAUUAUUAAAACAAUAUCAGACGCAUUAUGAUUACAAAAAUAAAAUAUCAUUACUGAUAAAUUUAUCAGAUCGCCGCCCACGUGUCAACGGUAUAAUCAAUAAUAAAUACAUGAUUCGAGAUUAUACCGGAGAUUACGCACCUUCGAAAAAUAAAGACUCAACAACUUAUAGGAGAAGCCACAUAUUAAUAAAAUUUAAAAAUCGUAUUGAUUUGUCACCAGGGAAAUAUUUCUCACUCAAACAUAAACCAAGUGACGUAGAGUAUGCAUCAACUUUUUAUAAACAAAAUACUAUAGAUCUUAAUAUUGUUGUUGAUAACAUUAAUUAUGGAUCAACGGAAUCUGUGGCGAUGAACACUUUAAUUUAUUGGAAUGCUGCGAAAUUAUUAUUUAAUGACAAUGAAAGGAAAUUAUAUAGACCAAUAAAAGAAAUUAAAAUUAGUACUAUUGAUAUUUUACAAAGUGCAGAUAUAUCAGGCGCUGCAAAAAAAUAUGAUAACAUAUACGAGACUACGAGUCACUUGGAUUCAUUCAUAGUAGAAUAUUGUAAAAGCAACGAUAGAUUAUCGCCGGAUUUCCAAAUUUUUAUGACCACGAGACGGUUAUGUUUCGAUUUUGAUGAUGCCGAAUGCAUCACUCCAGGAUACUUAUUAAAUAUAAAUCGAGCGGGACAACAAAGUUAUGCGAAACCUGACAUAGCAGUUUUGAAACAUGCGUCAUCUUUCAUGAACUAUCCGUUAGCUACAGACAAAUUAUUUGAACUACUUGAUGAUACCAAUUAUAUAUAUAUUUAUACUGCUAUUUAUCCUCCAAAAAACGAAGUACCAACGAAAGCAUGGAUUAUAAUCGACCCAAAAGAUCAGAAAAUUAACGAGAAGUCAAGAAAUAUUCCAGAUCCAUGUUUAGCAGAGGAAUUCAAAAAUUUAACAAAACGUUCCUCCAUUUUAUUGGAAAAAAUAGAACAACUUGCAAGAAAAAGUGAUACCUUCGACAAAGAUGACGAUGAAGACGCAAAAAUAGAUUGGAAUGCAAUAUUAGAAAACACUAAAGAAUAUAACCGAGUACUUAAUUAUAUUUCAAAUGAUUUGCAACAGUCCACAUACGAUUCGAAUAAUGGAAUCACUGAUUUUUCACAUUUAAAUGAAACAUUUACGGAUAUAGACAAUUAUUUGAAAAAAAUGGAUAAAAUUAUCGACUUAGCGAACGACAUAGAUAAUUAAGGUU